AGUUCAUUGGUCACCAACAUUGUCCCCUGUGUGACACUAGUGAUUACUUUACACAAUAAAUGUUAGGCGCUUGUAAUGAGCUUUCCUUUGUUAUCCAAAUCGUACGGUUUUAAGGCAUAAGGUGAUUAGCUUUUGCCAGCGGACGUUUUGAAGCUUUCAUCGAUAAAACGUCGCCGUUUUGCUGUUUAAUACGCCAUUUCCGGAGCCUUUUUACCAAAGUUGACAAACUUUAAAGAACCAUAAAGUAUGGUUUCGUUGUGAGAGGCUCGUUGUUUAAGAUACGUUUUUCCUUCCUCGCUACUGUAAACGGUGUAAUCGAAAUAGAUUGGUUGGACAAACAAACAAACGAACGCUUUCAAGUUUGAACUGCCAGACCGACUUGGGAAAGAAGUUCAAAGAAUUGAGGCGAUCUCAAGCGGCGCAUGUUUCCAUGUUUCCGGCAGAUUCCAAACCAUUUGCGUCAUCGAGGAGACGAAGAAAUCUUGAGGUGCCCGUGAGUGGAAUGUGCGUGCUCUUGGAAAAACAAAGCUUCCAUUAACAACUGUCAUAUAUUAAGAGAAAUAACACACGCUGACACCGCUCUUGACGGAAACGAACUUUAAAACGAAGUGAACAUUUCACUGAAGGCUCGAAAGUACACUGAAGACAGUCUCAAGAAUUUCAUUGCCUCAUCUGGUUCAUUUUGGUCAAGCUGCUAAAGCCACGAUGGUUUCCACAAACUCAGGGACAUUCCUUGAAAAUAUCGACACAACUCUGGUCAACUUUUAUGUCGCUUUCUUACUAACAAUCGUGUUCUUUUCUUUGCUAGCUAACAUCAUAGUUCUCACGGCAUUAUACGCUCAGAGGGCAAACCUCCGAAACAGUAUGGACAUGUUUAUUGCAAAUAUGGCUGUGUCAGACAUUAUUUCAUCGUUUUCGGCCACAUUUACUCUUAACAAUGCUAAACUACGGUGGAGUAGUGGAAGUGGAACUUGUAAAAUGUGCUAUUAUCUGGUUUUUGUAUCAUAUGCAGUGACUGUGCUUACACUGUGCCUAGCAAGUGUGGAUCGUUUUUACGGAAUCUGUCUGCCAACGAAACACAGGCAAGUUUUCCUUCUCAAGAAACAAAGGAUUUCCAUCUGUUUGAUAUGGAUCUUAUCAUGCCUGUUGUUUGCACCUUAUGUUUACGCCUACGAAGUUGAAGAAUUCAAAUUUUCCAGCGGGAAAACAAAUCAAAUAUGUACGCAAACAUGGAACACUGACAGUGAGCAAAUAUACUAUUCAUUAGUCAUGUUAUUACUGUUGUUUCUGGCGCCCAUUGCUUUGUUCAUCUUCGUUUUUGUCAAAGUGUUUCACAAAUUACAAGAGCCGAGGAGCACGGCUUCAGGAGGGAACGCUAUUCUUCAUAAAAAGCGCAAGCAAAUGACGUUUAUGCUUUUAUUAAUGAUCACUUCGCAGUACAUUUGUUGGGGUCCCGCCGUUAUAGGGAACAUCUUACACAUCUUCGGUAAUACUCCUCGCAGCUACUUUAACGUUUGGCUGCUUUUCGAGCUUCUUCAUUUUCUGCGUUCAAUAGUUUUUCCUUUGAUUUACCUCGCAAUGUAUCACAACUUCCGCACAAGUUUGAAAGCGUUGUUUUCUUUUUGUUGUUCAGCGGCGUCUGACACCAGCAACACUACUACUACUGGUGCAAUGAACAAUCUCUCACAGCCAUCUUCUGUCCCAGUAUCCUACGCGGCCUCUGAUCGUUCAGCUUCGUACGUUCCAGAAGAUGACAUGUACACAACUAUUUAGACAAACAAGUUUAACUUGGCGA